CUUAGCGACCUACGAUCAUAAUAACAACAAGGCCCAGUGUCCUCUCUCUUGUCAUGUUCCUCUCUCAUUUGCCAGACACAGUUGAACAUUACCUCCGUUGAUGUUUUCCACAUCAUAGUGCCACAGUAAACAUCAAACAAGAUGAAUUUCUGUGCAGGAUGCCUGGCUCCUCAAAUAUCUUCCGACAAGCCAGGGGCAGAUGGCCGUGAUGUCAGCAAUUUGAUAAGUUGUGACCUGACUACUAGAAGAAAAGGAUUCAUGGGAGAGUAUUUCAUUAGACCACCUGUUGCUAUAUCUUUAGAAUUUUCUGUACCUAUUGAUAUUAGUCAUAUCAUAUUGGGAACUAGACUAGAGCACAUGCAUAGCACUGGCUUUGCUGUUUUCACCAACCAUGAUGACUUAACUGAAUGUCGGCAAAAAACAAAACAAUGUGGUGGAUACUCGCUAUCAAGAAGCUUUGAAUCAUGCUCCCCUUUAUCAUUCAGUGCACCAGGACCAUCAUCGGCCUGCUCCACAAGUUUCUAUUCCCACAACAAUUCACCUUUUCAGAAUAAGGAAGAAAAAACUGAUGUUGCUCAUUGUUUAGGCAAGUUUUUUACACAGGGUGAAGAUCUUAUUUACUUAAAAAGCCAUCAUUACAGACAUUUGAUGAACAUCCCUAUGCCAGUAAUGGGUGAUAUAAACCAAAAAUCUAAAGUUUAUAAUGGUGCCCUCAGACAUCCUAACAGACAAGCUCUCUCAUGUGUAAAGAAGUUGAUAAUAAAAAUCCUAAAGACACUUGAGAAAGGCCCACCAGUUUUAUUUUCAAUUGAAGUUUGGGGACAACCUGGCUUAUGUAUAGGCAAACAGGAAAGGCGGCAACUGUUUAAAAAAUGGGCAAGUCAAGUAAAAGUUGAAGAUUCUGCGCCAUCUGUUCCACGCAUAUACAAUUCUGACCCAGAGAAAACCCAAAAAGAAGUUCCAAAUAACAAAACUUCAAAUAUACAAGAUUCAUUGGACAUACCAGAGGACUUCCUUGAUCCAUUGACAUGUGAUGUGAUGACAGUGCCACUUCUUUUGCCAUCAGGUCAUUCAAUAGAUGCACAUACCCUGGAGAGAUUUAUUGCUAAUGAAGCCAUCUGGGGACGUUCGGCUUCAGACCCUUUCACAGGUGUUCCAUUUAGAGCAAGGUUUGGGCCCACUGCUAAUGUUCCUUUAAAAGCAAGAAUUGACAGGUUUCUGUUACUGAAUGCUGACCAUCCAGAAAUUCAUAGAGCUGCUCGAACUGUUGGUUCUACCCACAGUUGGAGCAGUCCGGCUGAUUCACAUCAAGACAAAUCCAAAAAUCAACAGGAAAUUUGUUCAUCCUUUAAUAAUUAUAACAGAAAAAGAAUAUAUGAGGUUAAUAAAAAAUCAGUGGAUUCAGAUGAGCUUGCAUAUCAUAACAAGAUUCUAAAUGUGGAAAGUAAUAAUAGUGCAUUAAAUACAAACCUGAAAGAUCACAUGCCAGUUGAAGCUGCAGGAAAUAAAAAAAAAAAAAUUGAAGAUACUGUUCACUCAUUAGAAGCUGAAAUUGAAGCAGUUUUAGAUGGAAAACCAAAGUAUCUCCCUAUAAAGAAAAGCAAAAGUUUUUGUGUAAAACAGAAAGCUAUUGAUGUUGAGGAAAAGUUUCCAUUGAAAAAUCAGUCAGUAGUUGCUAAGUCUAGUGCAAGUAGAUUUAGGAUACAAGCUAUGCAUCAUACAAUUGAAUUAAUAAAGAAGCCAACCCAGCAUUUGUCUCUACAUGGAAAGGGAACAUCAAAUAGUCAUCAUGGCCUGGUACAGAUGAUUGGUGGGGCUUUAUCUGUAACUCAUGGGAGGACUACUAAAACAAGCAGUAUACCUAUUCAUAGCUCAGGCUCAAAGCCAACUAGCUUAGUCAGAGGUGAUGGUAAAAUCCAGAACUAUGAUCACCCCUCCUACAGCUCUAUUACAUGCGCAUGUAGUGAGCAUCAGGCAUUGUACAGGCUAUUGUGUGGUCACAUUAUGUGUCGAACCUGUUUACUGCAAACAACAAAAGGGCCAGAGGUACAAUGUGGUGUAUGCAGAAACGUGUGUAAAAAGUUGGAUGUUUCUAAGCAUCACGAGAAAAGCAUUUUUCUUUAGUGAAUAAAAUGAUAUAUCAAAAUGUUUCAUGUAAUUUUGGCUUAAAAUUCAAACUUAGAUAAUUUCACAUAUCCUUAAAUCACUGAAUUAAUCUAGAAAAGCAAUAAUAUUAGAACUAGAUGGGUAGUAGAAGGGGUUCUAAUAAAUACUCUGAAUAUUUUUGCUGGUAACAAAAGCUUUUCUUCAGCCUUACUAAGGAAAUGAUUGGGUGAAUUAAAAUAAAUCUCAAUAAAUGGAUGAAUGAAAGCAGUCCCAUUAGUCACUUUACUUUGGGGUUUGGAGAGGGUUACUAGGAAUAGCAUCCAGAUGAACACCUCUUGUAAUAACAACUCUGGUUCCCAGAAUCGCAUUGCUACAGAAAGAUCACAUGACCAUAGUUCCGUAGAAGACAUUACCACAGGUACAUUGGCAGUCGGGAUUGGUAAUGUAAUGACUGGUAUAUAAAGUUUAGCUUCUGUGGAGGUUAAUGUAAUGUUACUCUCAGCUAAAAUACCAGUUUGUUUUAUUUGUGUUAAUUUUUGUUUCAUUUGCAUUUGAGAGUAUGUAAGAGUAAAUGAGCAUGAUUUUCUGUGUAAAAGUUAUCCCGAGCGUUUUCAUGAGAGGAGCGUCCUAGCACUCCAUGUGGGAGAGAGGACUGAGACUCCACACACACACACACAGGUUGUGUGGUGUGUGCUCAUGAGGUACUUUCCUCACUGUGUGAGGUUAUUGACCUCUAUUUAUAUAUGAGUGUAUUCUUAAAUCUGGUGACUGAGAUUUUUCUUUGUUAGUGUAUUAUCCCUUUGCCUGUGUUUAAAUAAAUGUAAUGCACGGA